AUGGCAGCCACCGCUGAGAAGACGUUGCCUACUGAUCCCAAGUACGAUCAGUACACCUACCCUACUACCGCCCCGGAAUCCCAGUCUGGUCACCCUGGCCACACCACCCCGGAGCAGGAUGCAAAGGUCGUCCAGUUCCGUGCGGAGCUUGAGAAGGAGGGAUACACCGAGCGAUUGGAUACCUUGUCGCUGCUGCGCUUCCUGCGUGCCCGCAAGUUUGAUAUCCCCGCCGCCAAGGCUAUGUUCACCAAUUGCGAAAAGUGGCGCAAGGAAUUCGGAACUGAUGAGCUCCCCGCUGUCUUCGAUUACACUGAGAAGGCCAAGGUGUUCGAGUACUACCCCCAAUACUACCACAAGACCGACAAGGAUGGUCGUCCCGUCUACAUUGAGAAGCUUGGCAAGAUCAACCUCGACGCCAUGUACAAGAUCACCACCAGUGAGCGCAUGCUGCAGAACCUUGUGACCGAAUAUGAGAAGCUCGCCGACCCCCGUCUGCCCGCCUGCUCUCGCAAGGCCGGCAAGCUGCUCGAGACCUGCUGUACCAUCAUGGACCUGAAGGGCGUUGGUAUCACCAGCAUUUCCUCCGUCUACUCAUACGUCAGACAGGCCUCCGAGAUCUCCCAGAACUACUACCCCGAGCGUCUGGGUAAGCUGUACCUGAUCAACGCUCCCUGGGGCUUCAGCGGUGCCUUCAGCAUGAUCAAGGGUUUCCUUGACCCCGUUACCGUCGAGAAGAUCCACAUUCUCGGCAGCGGAUACCAGAAGGAGCUGCUCGCCCAGGUCCCCAAGGAGAACCUUCCCGUUGAGUUCGGUGGUUCUUGCAGCUGUGAGGGUGGUUGUGAGUUCUCCGACAUGGGUCCUUGGCAGGAGUCUGAGUGGGCCCGCACCCCUGCCUGGGCUGCCCCCAAGAAGGAGGAGGCUGCUGAGGCUGCCGCCCCCGUCGAGGCCGCUGCUCCUGCCGCCGUCAUCGAGAACGAGGACCCCGGAUACGAGAAGAAGGACGCCGAGGGCCAGGAGGGUGCCGAGGCCACCACCAGCGCUUAA